AUCAGGUCAUUGGUUAGGUCAAAGGUCAUGCGGCAGCAGCACAUGUGCGGACGUGCGUGUUUUCGAUGCGUUUCUCUGCUGACUUUAAUUCAGGAUUUUAAAGUAUCUUGUGCAUUCUUAUGGCAUCAAAACUGGCCCAACGCUGACCCAUCACGUAAAGGAGUAACUGAGGUCACAAAAUACGCAGCUGUUUGUAGGGAAAAGCAGUCCUGUUGUGGACAUUAAAGCUCAGAUAAUCCAAGAUGGUACUGAAGAAGGUUGACAACAGGAUCCGUGUUCUGAUAGAGAAUGGCGUGGUACAACACCACAGAGGCCUGUUUGUCAUCGUGGGAGACAAGGGCAAGGACCAGGUUGUGAUCCUUCACCACAUGUUGUCAAAGGCUCAGGUCAAGGCACGCCCCUCUGUUUUAUGGUGUUACAAAAAGGAGCUUGGAUUCAGCACACAUCGUAAGAAGAGAAUGAAACAGCUCCAGAAGAAGAUCAGGAACGGAACUCUGGACGUGAAGGAAGACGACCCAUUUGAACUGUUCAUAGCUGCCACAAAUGUCCGCUACUGCUACUACGCUGAGACCCAUAAGAUUCUUGGAAACACAUACGGCAUGUGUGUGUUACAGGACUUUGAAGCACUGACCCCCAACCUGCUGUGCAGAACCAUUGAAACAGUGGAGGGUGGGGGCAUCGCCUGUCUGCUGCUCAGGAGUAUGAACUCACUCCGACAGCUGUACACCAUGGCUAUGGAUGUACAUUCCCGGUACAGAACAGAGGCACACAGAGAUGUGGUGGGCAGAUUCAAUGAAAGGUUUCUGCUGUCCCUGUCGUCCUGUGAGACCUGUAUGGUGAUAGAUGACCAGUUGAACAUCCUCCCCAUCUCCUCACACAUCCUCAACAUAUCAGCUGUGCCAUCCAGGUCAAAGGAGGACUCCCUAAACCCUGCAGAGGUAGAACUGAAGGGGUUGAAGGAAUCCCUGCAGGACACCCAGCCUGUGGGCUCACUGGUCAACUGCUGCAAGACUCUGGACCAGGCCAAGGCUUUACUGAAGUUUAUUGAGGCCAUCUCGGAGAAGACACUGAGGAGCACAGUUGCCAUGACAGCAGCCAGGGGUCGGGGCAAGUCUGCAGCACUGGGACUGGCCAUAGCAGGGGCUGUAGCAUUCAGCUACUCCAACAUUUUUGUGACAUCUCCCAGCCCUGAGAAUCUGAACACCCUGUUUGAGUUUGUCUUUAAGGGUUUUGAUGCCCUGGAUUACCAGGAGCACAUGGACUAUGAACUUGUCCAGUCCACAAACCCAGACUUCCACAAGGCUGUAGUCAGAGUCAACAUCUACAGGGAACACAGACAGACCAUACAGUACCUGCACCCCAGUGAUGCCCAGAAGCUGGGUCAGGCAGAGCUGGUUGUGAUUGACGAGGCGGCUGCCAUCCCCCUCCCCCUGGUGAAGAGCCUCAUGGGACCUUACCUGGUCUUCAUGGCUUCUACUGUCAAUGGAUACGAGGGCACAGGAAGGUCUCUGUCUCUGAAGCUGAUUCAGCAGCUCAGACAGCAGAACGCGACCUUCGGUGGGAACUCAGAAGCUAAGGCAGCUGCUGCCAUGGCAACCAAGACGGAGGGCGGGGCCAGUGCUACAGGCCGAACUCUGCAUGAGCUGGUGCUGACCGAGUCCAUCCGUUACGCCAGCGAGGACCCGGUGGAGGCCUGGCUGAACCGCCUGCUGUGUCUGGACGUGUCCAGUGUUCCCAGGGUGCACUCUGGCUGUCCCAUCCCUGCCAGCUGUGACCUAUACUAUGUGAACAGGGACACCCUGUUCUGUUACCACAAGGCAUCUGAGGCCUUCUUACAGAGGAUCAUGUCCAUAUAUGUGUCUGCACAUUACAAGAACACUCCUAACGACCUCCAGAUGCUGUCAGAUGCUCCGGCUCACCACCUGUUUGUGCUGCUGCCACCUGUGGACCCUGACCAAUCAGCUCUGCCGGAAGUACUGUGUGUAGUUCAGGUGUGCUUGGAGGGGGAGAUCUCCAAACAGAGCAUCAUGUCAGGUCUGAGCCGUGGCAAGAGGGCGUCAGGUGACCUCAUACCCUGGACGGUGUCCCAGCAGUUCCAGGACACAGAGUUUGCCAGUCUGUCUGGCGGCAGGGUUGUCAGAAUAGCCACACAUCCAGACUACCAAGGGAUGGGUUAUGGUAUGCGAGCCCUACAGCAGCUGGACAUGUACUACCAGGGGAAGGUCCCCAGUCUGUCUGAGGACACAGGAACAGCACAGGGGCUGCCUGCUGUGGACAAGGAGACUGUGUCCCUGUUGGAGGAAAAACUUGGUCCCAGGAAGAACCUGCCGCCCCUGCUGUCCAAACUGAGCGAAAGACCGGCAGAGAGGCUAGACUACCUGGGUGUGUCCUACGGGCUGACGGCACCCCUGCUCAAGUUUUGGAAGAAGGCAGGAUAUGCUCCAGUUUACCUGAGGCAGACUCCUAAUGACCUGACAGGUGAACACUCCUGUAUCAUGUUGAAGAGGAUACAGGAAGAUGAUGAAGGCCAGGAUACAGACUGGCUGUCUGCCUUCUGGACAGACUUCCGGCGACGUUUCCUGUCUCUACUCUCGUACCAGUUCCGUACCUUCCAGCCAGCCCUGAGCCUCAGCAUUUUACAGGCUAAGAAAGAUGUCAAGACUGAUACAUCUGUCCUUACCCAGGGGGACCUGUAUGCCCACCUGACCCAGUAUGACCUGAAGAGACUGGACUUGUACUCCAGGAACAUGGUGGACUACCACCUGAUCAUGGACCUGCUGCCUGCCCUGGCCAGGAUGUACUUCCUACAGAAACUGGACACGUCUCUGUCUGUGGCACAGUCGGCCAUCCUGUUAGGGUUGGGACUUCAGCAUAAGACAGUAGAUGACCUGGAGAGAGAGCUGGAACUGCCAGCCUCACAGGUGAUGGGUCUGUUCAACAGGCUGGUCAGGAAGAUUGUACAGUUCCUGAGUAGUAUUGAAGAGCAGGCAGUGGAAAGUGAACUCCUGGCACCCAAAGAAGUGGUGAUGGAACCAACAGCACAGUCCCUGAAGACUGAACUGGCAGAGGCAGCCAAGGAGUUUGAGGACAAGCAGAAGAAAGAACUGAAAAAGCUCAAGGAUAUGGACCUUGAGAAAUACGUCAUCAAGGGAUCUGAGACAGAAUGGGAGUCAGCGCUGACCAGUGGGCUGAAGAGUGGAGUCGUCAGUGUGGCCAGUGGAAAGAAGAGAAAAGAAGAGGCAGCCCCCACACCAGAGUCAACAAAGAAGAAAUCCAAGAAGUUCAAGAAAGACAAAAAGUUCAAGAAGACUUGAUUAGUAUGAGUUGAGUGGAUUUGUGUUAGGUCAUUCUAAAUUUAUUAUUUUCCCCUUUCUCUUUUUUUUAGACUGAUGGAAUUCAAAUGAACAUGUAGCUGUACUACACAAUGGAGUUGUCCAUGUUAUCCAUAUCAGAAAUAGGUCUCUACACUUUUUUUAUGCAGUUACUAUUAGCAAUGACUUAACAGUAUACCAUGCUUUAAGUUGCAUCCUUUAUUGAAAGAAGUCGGUUGAUCACAAAAGUAUCUGUGUAACUUGAAAACUGUCUUGAUGACUUCAAAAUUGCAUUGAAAAGGCAGUAAUAGAAUUUUUUGCUGUUCCCCAGAAAUUUGGCAUUAGUCUGAUCAUGAAUACUGCAUUCCUGUAUACGAGUUUAACUUAGUGGUUUUGUCAACCUUGCUAUGUACCUACUACCUUGUACCUUUUCAGUACAGAUAAGACAAAAAGAUUUUACUGACAGUUUGUGAACUAUUUUAAUCAUAAAUUUAACAUAGACAAUAUACAUAUAUUGUCUGUCAGAAUGUAUGAUAUCCUUUAAUUCUCUGCGGGAUUUGUUCAAAAUGGAGCAAAACCCUUUUUUUCCUUUUUAUUUUCCUCAGUUUCGUCACUGCUGAUGGAAAUUGCAAUAUUUACUGUGGCAGUAUUCUUGGCAAGAACCCCUUGAACAAUAAACAUGGUCCUGUGUUAAA